AUGUCUGACCCUGACCUUAGUGACGACUCGAAGGAGUCCCCAAAGCCUAAACGAGAGUUCAUAUUCUACAAGGAAAGAUCUCUACUGUACCGACUGGACGGUCCUCUGUGGUUAAUACUGCAUGCUUGGCUGGUCACUUACAUAGACAUUAGGGAGGAUGGGGAGUUGGAACACUUUGUUCCAUUGGUCCUUAGUGGCCUAUCCCACCUCUUGGUGCAUCUAAUGAGCCAUUGGUCGGUCACAGCGCGGUGCCUUAUAGCAUAUACUCGCCGGCCUUCCUACACCCAGGAGGUUACUCAUGUGAGGGUUGUCACCACAGGAAGGUCACUGCUCUGUCCUAUACAGAGAAGAAACGGAGAGCAAGUGUGGAUAGACUGUGAAAGGAAGAAGCUUGUGUUUGAGCCUAAGGACGGCACGUUCCAUCGACCUAAAUACCCUGUCGACCAUACAUUGGAUUUCUAUAACAACAGUCGUGGGUUAUCAGAGAAAGAAAUCACUAAGGCGGAGGCCACUUACUUCGACAAUACCCUCAACCUGCCCAUUCCACAAUUUCAAGAGCUGCUGCUACAACACGUGACUGCGCCCUUCUUCGUCUUCCAAAUGGUCUGUGGACUUUUAUGGUUAUUCGAUGAUUACUGGUACUACUCUCUGAUGACCAUAGUCCUCCUUAUCAUGUUAGAGAUAAUGACGAUAAAUCGGCGUAUAAGAGACAUGUCGGAAACACGUUCGAUCAAACCACCGAUUUAUGAGCUAGCAGUUUUGAGGGAAGGUCGCUGGACAUUUAUACCCUCGAGUAGACUUCUACCAGGAGACAUCGUUUGUGUAACUACCAACAACCCGGUGGUGCCUGCUGAUAUGGUGAUCCUCGCUGGCUCGUCGGCUGUGGUUAACGAAUCUAUGCUGACUGGGGAGUCCACACCUAAUCUCAAGGAGGCCAUUAUAUCUACUUCUGAUAUCAAACUGGACUGCCGUGGUGCUCACAAAUCUAACAUAUUAUUCUCUGGCACCAGACUGGUAGUGACGAACCCCCCCAAUGCGGCCGAGUCGGGAAUCCUCAAGAAGGCCCCUUAUAAACGAGGUGCGGUAUGCUAUGUAUUGCGUACGGGGUUCGACACUGUACAGGGAAAGCUGGUUCGGACGAUAUUGUAUUCGUCGGAACGUGUCACUGGUGAUCCGUGGGCUGGUGGUUUCCUAUACAAGGGACUGGGUUUAGGUACCAAUACUCGAGAGGCUACUACUUUCCUGUUGGGAUUAAUUGCGGUCGCGUUGGUAGCAUCUGUAUACGUUGCUUAUUACCGUCUAGUGGUGGAGCCUAGUCUCACGCCCUCCAAGUGGAAGCUUUUCCUCUCCUUAACACAUAUCAUCACUAACGUAGUGCCUCCGGAGUUCCCUGUGACAAUGAGUAUUGCGGUGACUAUGUGUUUGGGUCACCUAAUGCGAAAUAAUGUCUACUGUACGGAACCGUUCCGGCUUCCGUUCGCUGGACAGGUAGAUGUGUGUUGCUUUGAUAAGACGGGAACGAUAACCAAUGGGGAGAUGACGUUGCAAGCGACUAAAAUGCUGCCGGGGGCUAGCACUGUGGAUUCGGGGAAGUUGCUGGAUCUGGUAUUGUCUUGUUGUCACACUCUCACCGCUGUGGACCCUAUGGCUACUGUACUAGUCGGGGACCCUCUAGAACAGGCCAUGUUCACGGCAGCUAGGACUGCUACUAAUGCGGCUGCUAUAUAUCUUCCUGGAAGUGGGCCGCCGACGUUCCAGAUCUUCGGUACGCAGAAGUACACCCAAAUGGCUAGGUUCCCCUUCAACAGUGAACUGCAGCGUAUGAGCGUGGUGAUGAAGCACGAGAACGGCCCUGCUAGUGAGCUGCUGGUAUUGAGCAAAGGCAGUCCUGAGAUGAUGGAGACUCUUCUGAAGGAGGUGCCUCAAGACUACGAGGAGACGUACCAAGAUCUCGCCGGAGAGGGCCUUAGAGUAAUCGCUGCGGCUUAUAAGCGUGUGAGCAACCAUAGUGACACGAGUGAUAGAGAGGAGGUUGAGAAGAACCUGCACUUUGUGGCUUUUAUUGCAUUUCGGAACGAAGUCAAAACGGGGACUAUUAAGGCUGUGAAGCAUUUAAAAGAGAUGGGCAGGAAAGUACCUUUGUGUAUGAUCACUGGUGACCAUCCGUCCACAUCUUGUGAAGUGGCCCAGUCUGUUGGUCUCAAGUCGACUGAAUCUGAUGGUGUGUUGUUAUUGUCCGAUGAUGCUUCCGAGUGGCGACCACUAUUCGAUUCUGAGGACUACUCUGUGUCACUAGAUUGGGGAUUCGAACACAGUGAUGAGUACACGUUGUGUGUACAGGGCAAAUCGGUUGGGGCCCUACUUGAAAAGCCGGACAUUGACUUGACCAAGAUCACAGUCUUCAGUCGUAUGUCUCCGGUCCAUAAGGAAGAUGUCAUCAAGCGGAUGGUCGCUGACGGCAGGGUUACGCUCAUGUGCGGAGAUGGCACGAACGACGUUGGAGCUCUCAAAGCGGCCCAUGUUGGCAUAUCGUUGUUGUCAUCGGACUCUGGUCCUGUGUCGAGGAAGCGAAAGCAACAACUACGUGAUGCAGACCUCCAUGGGCCACCUAUUGCGAAGAUUGGCAUGGACGCUAGUGUGGCGGCCCCCUUCACUUACCGUGGGGAAUACAUCAAAUGUGUUCCCUUCGUGCUUCGAUGUGGUCGGGCGGUCCAUUCUGUGGUGAUGACCAUGUACAAAAUACUCGCAUUGAAUUCGCUUUUGGGAGCGUUCAGCUUGUCGGUGCUCACCCUCCACGGAGCGAAGUUUGGCGACUUUCAAUCAGCGGUGGAGGGCAUUGCGGUAUCGCUCAUUUUCACAGCGAUGGGCCGCUCGAAACCGGAGAGCCGCUUGUCGCAGUUCAAACCAGUGACGAGCAUUUUCCAUUGGAGUGUACAACUCUCACUGGGUUUGCAGUUGGUGACACAUGUCGUUCUACUGCUGGCCGGGUGGAAGCUCGCGGUUUCAUAUACCUCUGAGGAGUCCGUAGAUCUAGAGUCAGCAUUUGAGCCAACUUUGUUGAACUCUCAAAUGUUCAUUCAGACGGCCGCGUGCCACUUCUCCGCAUUUCUGGCCAAUUACGAGGGGCCGCCUUCUAUGAAGCCGAUGAAGGCAAACCGGCCGUUGUGGAUGGGUCUCAUCGUUGCAGUGAGUACGAUUAUUUUCGUGGCGAGUGAAGCUUCUCCAGAUUUCAACGAGUUAUUAUCUAUAGUGCGGUUCCCUGAUAACGAGGGUUACCAUCGAUGGUCUAUGUUCCUGGUCAUUUGUCACUUUCUGCUUCCCGUAUGUGCCGGUCGUUGGUGUAUGCAUGUCGAGAAGUCUGCGCAGGGCUACGAACAGAGAUGGUUACUGUGA